AAGCGCGUGUAUGUUUUGAAUUAUUGCGUAUUUCUCACGUAGCACCAUCCAUCACGUACGCAUCUGUAACGUGACGAUUACGUACGCCUGAUUUGUUUGUUUCGUUCAGUUCGCUGUUGUUAACGCAUGCUUUCAGUUUUAAGUUACGUUUGUGAUUGCGUCUAACAUUUAUCUGUGCGAUAUUCACAUGCAGGAUUUGUCACACACAUACACACUCACACACACACACACAGGUGUCGAUGCGUUCGCAAUUAUUAUUAUUUAUGUAGAGAGCCACCGUGUGAUUCGUGCGUGUAAUAAGAGCGAGAGCACGCUUGUAAAUAACAAGGAGAGGGCGGCGAAUACACCGCAUGCACACCGCAACACAGUUUUGUUUCACUGUACUCUGCAUAAGUGCGCGACGUCGAUUAAUCAUGCGCUUUUCUUCCGUCUGUACUUUGUAUUCCUUAAGCGGGGCCUACAUUGAGAAUUCAAGGCGUAAAUUUAAGGUAUUGACCAGUCAUCGAUUGAUUUUUCUCCUAUUAUAAUUCGACCGUGAUUGUGAUGAAUAUUUUUCAAGACUCAGAGCUUAAAGCGUCUAUUGUAGGACCGGGACUUACAAUGGGGUGGGUCUCUGUUCAGUAUCUGUUGUACCGCUUCAUUUAUUAAUCGGUAAUCGUGAACACGAGUUACUAUUACGCAACACACAGAGGCUGAAGUAGCAUCGCUUAUCUUUCGUGCUGUCGGCACGCUCGCACGAUCAAUUAUCGCGAAGAUUGUUAGCGAGAAAUUCCUUCACGUCGAUACGCACGCAUACUUGGCAUAUUUGGACGAUGUGCGACGAAGACGUUUGUGUUGUUACGUGUUUGUAUAUUCGGGUGUACUGUUGAUUUUAUAGGCAGAGGAGAUACCUAUCAGGUAGGAUACACGCGUACAUGAUCACGACGGAACUGAUUCCCGCGUCUUUUGUGUGAAGCCUUAAUUUAUUCGUUUGUACAUAAUAUGCUUUUAACUUUCUCGCGCUUCGUAUCCGAUAUUGUUGACAGCUAAAUAAAUGUCGUCGAUGAGUUAAAUUUCAUUGUAACGUUUGAAUGUAUAAUCUGCUGAUAUAUUAGUAUUUAUUCUGCAUUCCAUUAAGAAAUAAAGGAUAUAUAUAUAUAUAUAUAAAAAUAGCGAUUAAAUUUUCUGACAUAACAAAUGUGUUUAGAGGGCUAUGUAAGGACCUUAUUAUAUAGCGAAUAAUAUAUUAGAGGGUGUAGGGAAAGUUUCCGCGCAUUUUUGACAAUGUUUCUUUAUUAAAAUAAAAUCAAUGGUACAAUGUAUGGUUAGUCAAAGUAUUUGCCAUCGUUUUCUAUCACCUUUGCCCACCUUUCAGGCAGCAUAAUAUUACAUUGAAAGAAUUCGUCAUCUUUUGAUCCAAUCAUCCAUUCAUUUUCGUACAUGGUGUUGGAGAAGUGGCAAUGCGCGUUGCAUUGAUCUAAAUAAGUGGUAAUUAGAAGAGACAAUGCCUGGUGAGUAAGGUGGAUAUGGAAGGACUUCCCAUUCCAACAGCGCUUCCUUGGACUCUUUAGCAACGGGGUCUGGUGUUGUCAUGGAGCAGAAUGACCUUACAUCGAUUUGCAGCUAUUUGAGAAUGUUUUUUGAUCAGUUCCCGAUUCAGUUGUCUAAGUUAUUAUUGUUAAUAUUAGUCAUAUUUUUGCUAAAAAAAUUAUCUUAUUUGGAUUGGUGCAUUUCAAAGUAUCCGCUAAUCGGAUCAAUAAUAACAAUCGAUCAGCUGAGUAUCCAAUGACCGCAGUUUAGCCAAUAGCCUGCACAUAGAUGUCGUUAGCGAAUAACGUUCGUGAAUUCAAACAAAGAAACGUCGGUUACCGACGAGUUCCAUUAAACUCCGUGAAACAUCGUGAGGUGAUACUGUGAGAGAGUGAUAGAAUUCUGCUGGAAUCUGUUAACGUUUUGUCACGUUUUAAGAUUAAAUAUACAUUUUUGUACAUAAAUCGACUGAAAAAUUAUAUAUAUAGAUAUUGGUUAGUAUAUUAUUGAUAAUGGCCAGUGGACAAGUGUUCAAAAUACCAUCGACAUUGCCACCAGUGUCAUCUCAUGACCACAAAGAAGCUAUUCAUGACACAAUUUAUAAAAUGAUGGAACAUAUCAACAACAGAGGCCCAAGGUAUCAGUGGAGCUUGGAUGAUUUUGAAGUUGGAUCACCUUUAGGGAGAGGAAAAUUUGGCCGUGUAUAUCUAGCCAGAGAGAAGACUACUCAGUAUAUGGUAGCCUUGAAAACACUGUACAAAGUUGAGUUGAUAAAAGGGCGUGUGGAGAAGCAAGUGAUGCGAGAAAUUGAGAUUCAGACACAUUUGAGACACCCGCAUAUUCUUCAGCUUCUAACAUAUUUCCACGACAAGAAGAGAAUCUACCUGGUUUUGGAGUUCGCCGCGAGAGGAGAGCUGUACAAAGAGCUGAAGCGUCAGCCAAACGAGAGAUUCAACGAACACUUAUCUGCUAAAUACACUUAUCAAGUAGCCGACGCUUUGGAAUACUGCCACAGGAACAAUGUGAUUCACCGAGAUAUAAAGCCUGAGAAUCUAUUGCUUACAUAUAACGGCGAUGUAAAGCUUGCAGACUUCGGUUGGUCCGUGCACGCACCAUCUUCAAAGCGGAACACAUUAUGCGGGACACUGGAUUAUUUGCCACCGGAAAUGCUAACGGGACAGACGUACGACGUCUACGUCGAUCACUGGUGCCUGGGUAUUCUCUGUUACGAGUUUCUGACGGGGCAGCCACCUUUCUUGAGCUCCUCUCAACAGGAGACGUACUCUAAGAUAAAAACCAUAAAUAUGCAGUGGCCGGAACAGAUCACACCCGGAGCUAAAGAUCUUAUUUCCAAGGUAACACUCGGAAUACUUAGGAUACUCAUUGACGAGAGAACACUCAUGAUUGAUCCGCGUGUUUGCACAGCUGAUCAAGAGAAAGAGCUCGGAACGAAUCUCUCUGGCCGCCGUUAAGAGACACUCCUGGAUCUUACAGCACAAGGACUCGCCUUGACCGAAUGUUUAAAUUAAGAAAAAGGAUAUUUCUUGUUAGUUUUUUUUUUAUGUGUAAGACGAACUUUUCUCCUUGAUGAUUUUAUUACAAUUUGGCGAUAUAGACGAUAUGUAAAAUAUAAAGAUAUUAAAUAUAUUAUGGCCAAUUCA